CUCAAAUAAUCUUUAGAUUUUCGUUUUCUCCUUGCUCCGGUACAUACAUUUGAGGCAGCAGCAUAUCGCGACAUUGCAAUAGACCCUUAGAGCACUGCAUAUAGACCGCCGUCCACCCUCAUGGCUUCCUCCGAGUACCCCGCAUCCACCCACACCCCCCGCUAUUUGACUGGCGACGCGGCUGGCAUCCGUGAGUUCAUAGACAAGUUUGAUGUGUUUUUGUUUGACUGCGAUGGGGUUCUCUGGUCCGGGGACCACCUUUUCCCCGGCACGAACGAGACAUUAGAACUGUUGAGAAGCAAAGGCAAACAAGUGGUCUUCGUGACGAACAACAGCACCAAGUCGCGCGCCGACUACGUGAAGAAGCUCGAGGGGCUGGGUAUUCCCAGCACAACGGAAGAAAUCUUCUCCUCCUCCUACAGCGCCUCAAUCUACAUCUCACGCAUCCUCUCCCUCCCGCCCAACAAACGCAAAGUCUUCGUCAUCGGCGAAACCGGCAUCGAGCAAGAACUCCGCGCCGAGAACGUCCCCUUCCUCGGCGGCACCGACCCGACCUACCGCCGCGAGAUCACACCGGAGGAUUACAAGAAAAUCGCCGCCGGCGACCCCAGCCUCCUCGACCCGGAGGUUGGGGUGGUGCUGGUCGGCCUCGACUUCCAUGUGAACUACCUCAAGCUGGCGCUGGCGUUCCACUACAUCCGUCGGGGCGCGGUGUUCCUGGCUACGAAUAUCGAUUCGACGCUGCCGAAUGCGGGGACGUUGUUCCCCGGCGCGGGGUCGAUGAGUGCGCCGUUGAUCAUGAUGUUGGGGGGCCAGGAGCCCGUGUCGUUGGGGAAGCCGAACCAGGCGAUGAUGGAUGCGAUCGAGGGGAAGUUUCGGUUCGACCGGGAGAGGGCGUGUAUGGUGGGGGAUCGCGCGAAUACGGAUAUCCGGUUUGGGGUUGAGGGGAAGUUGGGGGGCACGCUGGCGGUUUUGACGGGGGUGAGUAGUGAGGAGGACUUUUUGCGGGGGGAGGUCAGGCCGGCGGCUUAUUUGGACCGGUUGGCGGAUUUGCUGGGGUGUGAGUGA